AUGGCAAACUUACCUUUAAUUUUCCUCUUUUUUCCCCCUUUACCACGAUUCUCUUUGAUUAUUCGUAUUCGCGUCGAUUUCGUCGCACUUUACUCUCCGUCUGACAGCCACCUUUCGACUGAUAUUUCUUCACCUGUUGCCGGGUUUAGGCCUGGCUUCGCUCACGGUCUCGAGCUUGACCCAAUCGAGCGUAACCUCUUCGUAUCCUGUUCAGGCCGGACUCGUCUUCUUUCACCUCCGGCAUCGGUUUCGCUUCCUGCAUUCUCCAACGCUAUAUCGUGUUCCUCCUCUUCUUCGCCUUGUUCUUCUUCCUCUCCCUGUUCCUCUUCUUCUUACGGCUUUGCUAUAUCUCCCUCUUCUACCACUUACUUCGGCAAGCCGCCUAGCUCUGGACCGGCGCGAAAUCGUCACCACCACCUACCAUCACGGCACUCCCUCCUACAGCCCCCAUUGUUGCCUCCGCCUGCUCCGCCACCUCAUCCUUCGCCCUCUUCACUUUCUUGCACCUACCGUCCACAGAUCAACCACAACUCUUCUCAAGGUCCUCCAUUUUGCUCAUCUUCGUCGGCUUGUGGUUUGGAGGAGCGCUUCUUCAAACGCACCACACUUUCGAUGCCUCGAGGCCUGUCCUUAGGCAUACACGAUAAGGAGAUUGCUUCAGCGGAUAGCACAGAGACAGUCGGCGAGAGAGCGACACUUGCGGAUCGAGCAGAAUCGCUUAGAGAACAUGGUGUCUUAGAGUCCCGGCGUCUGCUGAUGCGCGACUGGAAUCCAACGGGUGGAUCACAUUCCGAGCCCCGUAGACUGCAGACAGGAUCGACUGGUUUUAGUGGAGGAAGUGGCAUCAAAAGAGGUGGAGGCGAAGCCGGAUUUUCUGGAGGUAGCGGCAAUCUCUACAAUUCCGUUGGAAAAGGUACCGAGGUUAGCGCUGGAGCUGGCGGCUUACCGAUGAACUUUGUGAAGCGGGUACAUAUUAAGAAGCCGUUAAAUGCCUUUAUGCUCUUCAUGAAGGAAAUGCGGCCUCGUGUGCAAGAGGAGUGCACACUGAAGGAGUCAGCUGCUAUCAACCAGAUAUUAGGCAAAAAAUGGCACGAACUAAACCGUGAUGAGCAGACCAAAUAUUAUGAAAUGGCACGUCGGGAGAAGGAGCUUCAUAGACAGGAACCCGAGUUUCAACAUCUUUUUACUUAUCCUUCUCCGUUCAUCUACAACGUAUUGUAG